GACCUCCUCUCCAGGGCUGCCUCUUAACCAUCUUCUGUUUGCUCUCUUUCUUUCUUUCUCUCCCCAUCUCUCCAUCCUUUUCUUUCUUCUUUCUUCAUCGUCCAUCUCCCUCCUUUCCAUCCGCAACACCUUUCUAUUAUCUCCCUUUUGGGCAUAUAUCUCCCUUCGCAUCUCGUUAUCGCCGGCUACGUCACUCAGCUAAGUAGAUCUAUCUACUGCUGCUACCGCCAGUUCGGCGAUAUUACGAGCAGUUAGUGUGAUGAUAGUGACUAGUGACCCUUCAACAUCCCUACAAUUGAUUGAUUAUCAUUACUACGGUCGCGACCAUGCCUGCUCCUGCCCCAUCAGCAGCCUCGGUUGGCCAUGAUACCUUAAUCACGGUCAAGGUGCACUACGAUGGCACUACCCGCCGUUUGAAGAUGCCGUUCAAGGACAUGAAGGCUGAGAUCUUUCCCCAGAAGCUCCUUCAACUCCUCAAUGUCCCAUCGGACGCCGAUGUCAUUAUCGAGCGAUACUCCGAUAGCGCAGCAUCCUUUGUCCAGCUUGACAGUGAGAAUGCAGCCGUCUACAAGCAGCUGAGUCGUGCCGCUAGGGCAAAGCUUAGGUUGGUAAUCGGUGUCACGACGGUUAACAACAAUCCCCUGCCGUCUCCCGUGUCACAGGAGAGCUCUGAUAGCUCUACGGAGCAGGAGAGCCCAGCAAGGAAUGACUACCUGGACACGGUCCUGAGUCAUCCAUUGCCGGAAGUUCCGAGCGAAGAGAGCCCCGAUGCUACUCCGACGGGCGACGACACUGCUAAGAGCAUUGGCAACCUACCGGUGGAGUUGUCAACUACAGACACUGUUGCUGCUCCGCAACCACAGUACCGGGAGUUUGAGAACAACAACGAUUCCCCAGCUGUUGCGCAUCAAUCUCCCGCAGGAUCGUUUUGCAUCGACUGCAACAACUGUGGUCAAACCGUUCCUAAUGAGCAUUACCACUGCGGCAUCUGUGACGACGGGGACUACGACUUGUGCUUGCAGUGUGUCGCCUCGGGCAUCUCCUGCCCAGCCGAAGAUCAUUGGUUGAUCAAGCGUUGUGUUAAGGAGGGUACCGUGACCAACAGUACCACUGAGAAGAUCGCUCCUCAGAACAGCAGCAAGCCCAUGGAGCAAGUGAAGCCCUCUGAGGUCGCUUCUGUGGUCGCUCCCGAGCCCAUUGCUGAGCGGUCUUCUUCGGUGACACUAUCGCCCGUCCCAGAUGCUUCUGCCCCUGCCAUUGCACCUGUUGCUACACCCGCGCCUCCUCCAGCUCCCGCCCCUGUGCAGUGCGAUGAGCGCAUCUGCAAUGCUUGUCUCAAAGAAUACGAAGAGACCAAGAUGGUCACCUGCGUUGACUGCGAGGACUAUGAUCUUUGCGUCAACUGUCUUCUCGAAAAUGCCCACGGCCAUCACCCUGGACAUGGUUUCUCUCUUGUCCAGGACCGUCAGUUCACUUUGAGGAGCUCAGUAAUGUCGCGCUGUCACCCUGGGCGUAACCAGUAUCAUGCAGCGGUAUGCGAUGGCUGCGAUAAGCAAAUCACGGGUGUACGUCACAAGUGCUUGGGCUGUCCUGAUUGGGAUUACUGCUCGGAUUGCGUUCCGAAUGCGCCUCUCAUUCAUCCCGGCCAUCGAUUCGCUCCGAUCUACGGCGCCCUGUCUGAGCCCCUUCCUUCUGUAGAAGUGCAUUCUGGCAUUUUCUGUGAUGGCCCUCUUUGCAAAAAUCAGGUUUCCACUUGCAUCGCUGGGCCUCGUUACAAGUGCACUGUGUGCCAUGACACGGACUUCUGCGCUAAAUGCGAAGCCCUACCAACCAACACGCACAACCACACUCAUCCCCUGCUCAAGUUCAAGACACCUGUUCGCCAUGUGAGUGUUAGCACUGUUGAUGAAGACGUCCUGAGCGGCCAGGGCAGCAUGCUUGGUGACCGUGUCGUUCAGAAGUCUGUCUCCACGCAGGCCAGCGCCCCGUCUCAACCUGAGAUUACUCCCGCAAAGGAGCCUGAGAAGGUAGAGUCGGAUGCUGCCAAAGAGGUUCCAGCUCCCGUAAUGAAACAGGUCACGACUCCUACAAUCGACGCCACUUCUGGCUACCAGGCUUUCUUUGUUAAUGAUGUUGUUGCCGACGGCACGGUCAUGGCCCCCAACAAGGUCUUCCGACAGACGUGGAAGCUCUACAACCCCGGUCCUCUUGCAUGGCCCGCGGGCACUGAUGUGCGCUUUGUUGGUGGAGACACUAUGUUCAAUGUGGAUACGGUGCACCCCUCCAGCCUACGAUCAGUCGCGUCUGCCAUGGAGAGCAACAAGCUCACUGCUCCGCUGGAACCCGAGCAGACUGCCGACUUUACGGUGCUCCUCCGGAGCCCCAGCCGGGAAGGAUCUGCCAUGUCGUACUGGCGUCUGAAGCUGCCCAACGGUACGCCGUUUGGCCAUCGCCUGUGGUGUGACAUUCGGGUUCAAGCCGUCGCCUCUGAGCUGGAGCCGGAGCCUCAAGAAGUCUUGCCGGAGAAUGAAAAGCAGUCCGAGGAGCCCACGGUCGAGGAGAAGGAGUGCACGACUGAAGAGACUGAGCAGGCAGAGUCUCGGAUGAUCUUCCCUACUUUGGACAAGGAGUCGCCCAGUAUCCACGAGGAGACGACUGCUCCUCGUGCUGCACCAUCAACUGCCCCGUCGGAGUCGAACCAAACCAACGAACUGGACUAUCUCACCGUUACCGACACCAUGAGCAUGAAUGACGAUGAGGAAGUAGAUGGCUUCCUUACUGACGAGGAGUACGAUGUGUUGGAUGCCAGCGACCAGGAAUACCUGGAAGCCAAGCAGUCGCAGUAAUGAAGUUUCGUAACUUUUCUUUUUUUGGUUAUCAUGUGUUUUUGUUUUUUUGUUUUUUUCUGGCUUAAGCAACAGCG